GCGAGAGAGAGAGAUAUGGAGAGAAUCAGAAAGAUAGGGCGAGAGAGAGAGAUAUGGAGAACGCUUUGUCUCCGUCGCCGGCAGGUGAAAUCGCGGGAAGAGUAGCCUCUCUGUAUGUCUAUCCGAUCAAAUCUUGUCGAGGGAUAUCUUUGUCUGAGGCUUCUCUCACUCCCACAGGGUUUCGAUGGGAUAGAAACUGGUUGAUUGUGAACUCUAAAGGAAGAGGAUUGACUCAAAGAGUGGAACCAAAGCUUUCCUUGAUUGAAGUUGAAAUGCCUAAACAUGCGUUUGCACAGGACUGGGAGCCCGACAACAACUCUAACAUGGUGGUUAGAGCUCCUGGCAUGGAUGUACUUAUGGUUUCACUAGCUAAACCUGAGAAAAUAGCCGAUGGUGUCUCAGUCUGGGAGUGGUUUGGCUCCGCACUUGAUGAAGGAGAGGAAGCCUCUAACUGGUUUACAACUUUUGUUGGGAAGCCUUGUCGACUUGUUCGUUUUGAUUCAGACUCUGAGACAAGACCUGUGGAUCCAAACUACGCUCCAGGUCACUUUGCGAUGUUCUCAGAUAUGUACCCUUUCUUGCUUAUAUCACAGGGUUCCCUUGAUGCCCUGAAUGAGCUUCUCAAGAAGCCUGUACCGAUCAGCCGAUUCAGACCCAACAUCUUGGUUGAUGGAUGUGAACCAUUUGCUGAGGACUUAUGGACAGAGAUCCUUAUAGACAAUUUCACCUUUCAUGGUGUGAAAUUAUGCUCUCGUUGCAAGGUACCGACGAUAAAUCAAGACACUGGAAUUGGAGGUGAAGAGCCAAUUGAGACUCUGAGGAGUUUCAGAUCAGACAAAGUCUUACAGCCACAGAAGAAACCACAGGGAAAGAUAUACUUUGGACAGAACAUGGUUUUGAAAGAUGGGUUUGGGGAUGGAAUAACAAAAACAAUCGAGAUUGGUGAUUCUGUUUUUGUCCUUGGAAAACUCUCCUCUCCUACUGAAGCAGCAACUUGAAAAAACAAGAAAAUGUGCAUUCUGUACAUUGUGCAAGUUUAUCCGAGGACACCAAGCUUUAUCAGAGCACUUGUAUAUAUCAUUUCUACUGACAAUCAAACCCAAACCUUUAAACUUUAUCAUUAUGAAAAGCCUAUUAAUAUUGGUUAAAACAUUAGUGUGCUC